AACUUAAUACUGAGUUUAACCUCUAUAUUUUAAAGUAUUGUCAUAUUACAUUUUAAUAAGGCUGCCAAAUGGGAAUUUGACGUUUCUUACUGAAGCGGGUUCCAAAUGGACUUUUAUAUUUUGGCGUUAUAGAAAGACAAGAAUACACUGUAAUUUAAAAUAGUUGUAAUUUCACUCAGGGUCUCAUUGUGGAAUUGAGAAAGAGGAGAGUACAUGGAGUUCGCAAUGUUUUUCUUUUAAAACUGUCGACAUUCAUGGGUUAAUUCCUCACGCUGCCCAACCAUCCGCAACCAAGUUAAGGCAAUUCGCCCGUAACUUCCAGUAGCCUACACGCGAGGUGUACGCAGAACUCACUAGAAUUCAACUGUUGCAACAGUGCGUCCCUUGGUAUCUUUUAGCUAUAUAGUAGGCCUACUACUAAUUAUUAUUUAAUUUGUUUAAAAACUACUAUACAGAGCUAAGAGGUGAACAAGUAUACUGCCCUUCAAAAAAAUACAUUCAACAUGUUAGGUUUGUUUUAUCGCGUCCUGGGUACGCACUCGAUCUCUCGCUGACUGGCAAAGUACAUUGGCAAGAGAAGGUUUUUUUCAUCUUGAAGACUAAAAACAAAAAAUAUAACCAUGGGGAAGGUGGAUUUAAAAAUCCGUUGUUUUUUCUUUUUCAUCGUCAUCUCAGCCCAGGGGGGAUUUUCAGAGGAAUAUGGAGCACACCUGGGAGCAAAAGACAUACUUCUACAGAGAGUGAAGCGCCAGAGUAAACAUGCUAAAUCUGUGCUGACGGUGACAGACUACCAUGUGAGGUGUUCGGUAUUGUCUCGCUAUGCCCGCACCACGGUCCAAAGCUCUGUGCGGAACCAGCUAGCUGUCACCAAGGAGGCAGCCUUCGAGGUGGACCUGCCCUCGGCUGCAUUCAUAUCCAACUUCACUAUCACCUCAAAUGGCAAAGUGUACGUCGCCUUGGUGAAGGAGCGUGGCGCUGCCAGGAAGAUAUAUGAUGCUGCCAAGAAAAAAGGAAAAACAGCUGGACUUGUUGCCACCAAAGAGAGAGAGAUCGAGAAGUUUCGCGUGGCGGUGAGCGUUCCCCCUGGCUCCCACAUAUCCUUCUCGCUGUCCUACGAGGAGCUGUUGCCCCGCAGGUUAGGUCACUAUGAACUGACCUUGGGUCUCAGACCUGGACGACUGGUCCCUAACCUCACUCUGGACGUCAGCAUAGUGGAGAGAACAGGACUCCGUUUCGUAAAGGUCCUCCCGCUGAAGACCGGCCGACUGCUCUCCAGCACCGUCUCAGAUGAGUCCGAGGCUCCAGCCUCGACGCGCAUCCUGAAGCGACCUGGUUGUGCCAGUGUCCACUACAGCCCCAGCCUGGAGCAGCAGGGCAGUGUCUCUCCCAAGGGCCUCCAUGCUGACUACAUCAUCCGGUACGACGUGGAGCUCAGCGACCCCAUCGGGGACGUCCAGGUGUUUGAUGGACAUUUUGUCCACUACUUUGCACCGCGUGGGCUUCCCGUGGUCCCCAAGGAAGUCAUCUUUGUCAUUGAUGUCAGUGGCUCCAUGAUUGGCACCAAGAUCAAACAGACAAAGCAGGCGAUGACCACCAUCCUUGGGGACCUACGUGAGGGGGACCACUUCAACAUCAUCACCUUCUCAGACAAGGUGCACACCUGGAAGAAGGGACGGUCCGCGAGGGCCACACCAAACAACGUACGAGAUGCUAAGGAGUUUGUGAACAGGAUCAUCGCUAAUGGAUGGACCAACAUCAAUGCAGCACUCCUCUCAGCUGCCCAGCUGGUCAGCCCGUCCCCUUCUUCCCCUGGCCCCAAUCGGGUGCCUCUGGUAUUUUUCCUGACCGAUGGCGAGGCGACCGUUGGCAUUACCGCUGGGGAAUCCAUCCUGAGCAACGCUAGGAGCGCCCUCGGUUCCGUUUCACUGUUCGGCUUGGCUUUCGGGGAUGACGCCGACUUCCCACUGCUAAAGCGUCUGGCACUGGAGAACCGCGGCGUUGCCAGGAUGGUGUACGAGGACGCGGACGCCGCGCUCCAGCUGAAGGGGUUCUAUGACGAGGUGGCCAGCCCACUACUGUCAGACAUCCAACUUACAUACCUGGACGACCAGGCCUUCGACGUCUCACGCUCCCUGUUCCCAAACUACUUCCAGGGCUCUGAGCUGGUGGUCACUGGGAAGGUGAAGCCGGGGGUCAAAGACCUGAAGGUGUCUUUGACGGCCACUGGCUACAAGCAGAAGGUGAAAAUGGAGAAUCACAUGUCGAUCUCAAAAGGAGAAGACAAUAAGACAGUGUCCGGUACGGACUGCCCUGGGGGUCCGGACGGCAUCUCCAGCUUCGUCCAUCGUCUCUGGGCUUACUUCACUAUCAAAGAGCUGCUGCUUGCUAAACUCAACAGCACAGAUUCUACCAUGCAGAAACUGCUGGGAGAGAAGGCCACCAUUCUCUCUCUCAAGUACAACUUUGUCACGCCAGUGACCUCCCUGGUUGUAGUCAAGCCUGAUGAGGAUGAAAUUCGUCCUACAGCAUCAACCACUACAACAGCGCCACCCACCACCACAACCACAGCUACUCCAGCUACUACAAAAACCACAAUGGCCCACUCUCCUUCCACCAAAACAGCGUCGCCCAUCCCUGUGAAAAAGCCCAGGACUAUCAAAACUAAACCCGACCCUCUUGUCAGCAAGCCUCCACCACCUAAACCCCCAGCUCAACCCAGAAAGGCCGGAACUCCACCACAUCCAUCUAAGCCAAAAGUGGCUCCACCACCACCCAGAAAAAAAACCAAUUCUACCAGCAAAACCAUCCCUGCCCUUCCUCCCGUGAAAACCGCCACGGCUCCUCCGAGCUCUCCUAGAACUGCCCCUGUCCCGCCUGCCAGGGCUGUCUCUACCCCCCUGCCCAACUCGUUCAAAACCGCCUCCGCUCCUGCACCUGGGAAGACCAGUACCACCCCUCCGCCCGCCACAGUGAAGACCGUCCCUGCAACCACCACCCGACCACCUACCACCGCCUCUACUACCACCACCACCAGCGCAGUCAGAGUCAACCUAACCCCUGCUCCACAGGAGCCUAGGAAACCUGCUACGCCUUUUCCCGUCUCGGUUAGAACCAUCCUUCCACCAGUUAGAAUUGCCUCCUCUCUGUCUUCCGUGUCGGCCACUGAUUCCGACCAACCCCAGUUCACUACACUCCAGGAGGGUCUUCUGUCUGUCCCACCUGCUCCAGCACCGGAGGCCAGUAAUACAGACAAAGACUCCGACGUGGACCAGAUUGCUACCUUUGUCUCUGCCACAUUUGCCCCCAUGCCUGGCAUCACAGAUGGACCCAAGCUGUGGGAGGCUUCCGGACUAUUGGAUGUCUCCACUUCCAUUCAGAUCCAAAGAAAAGAUAUGGAUCUGGUUAAAGAUUAUGAUGUAACCUACGACUAUGACUACGAUCUCAACUAUGACUCAUGGGAUGAAUCAGCAUCAAGUUUGCAGCCAGGUCCCCCCUCCAGAUUGAGUUCGGUCAGAGUUUUCUCCUCCUCUGUUGAUGGAGACCCUCACUUUGUGGUCCAGCUCCCUAAACUGAAACAGAAUCUGUGUUUCACGGUCGACGGCAAGGCCAAUGAUGUCCUGAGGCUACUAAAAGACCCAGAGAGAGGGAUCACAGUGGACGGUCAUUUGAUUUCGGCUCCAUCCAAACGUGACGUUCAAGACCGUCACCGUACUUACUUUGACCAGAUAAUCAUCUCCUCUGCUGAGGGAGGGACAGCUUGGCCGGCCUCCAUAACGAUCAGCAUUUCCUUGGACGUCGUGGUCGUGGAAGGAGAGGGACAGGACACCCUGCCCACCGGUCAGUGGGGAUCUGUGACCAGGCAGGGCGUGAGAGUCUCCAUGGAAAACUCAGAUGACUUCCAUCAGAGUUGUUGGAUCCAGCUGGCCGAUGACAUUUGUUUCCUGGUUCUUUUCCAUCACUACAAACACCCCAGCUACCUGCAAAUGGCCCACCUGGGAUUCUACAUUACAGAUGGACAGGGCCUCUCACCUUCCACCAAAGGCCUGCUUGGCCAGUUCCAGCAUGCUGACAUUAGCGUGUCGCCAGUGGAGGACCCCCAAGACACAGAACUCAGGCCCAGUGAGGACGGGGUACUGUCCAGGGGGGUGCUACGGUGGGGGGUGACACACGUGACGGUCAUCCUACAGAACAAGACCCUGAAGGACAAUGUGAGGAAGCGUCACCUGGGCAGGUGCUGGGUUGUGCCCAAGGCAGAAGUGGAGAUGCUGCUGGGGCUUCCCUACCAGAGCUAUGUGGUGGAUCACCUGUAAAUACUUAGCACGCCCGCUUCAAGUAAAUGUCUAAUACGCUGCAUCAGUCUAAGUGGUACGCUAGUAUGGAGAUUGGAACCGAGACACUCGUGUAGCUAGCACCUCAGAUUCAGUGCUGGCAGCUCAGACCAAGGGCAACUAUGAUGUUUCUGUAUGGACAAGUGGGCACAGGGCCAGGAUGACAGAAAGAGUCUUGGAGAACAAGAGAGACAGAUUUGAGAGAGAAUGAGAAGAGUCCAAGUAAGCAAAGGAAUGAUGAGGUAAUUCACAAGUGUCAGACAAUAAUAGAUCAGGUAAGAGUUUGAACGAAGUCAUUGUACCAGAGCCUUUCUGUAACCACAAGUGACAGACCUCUCCUACUGCUACUGACAGUAGGAGAGGUCAACAGUCAGAUCUAUUUAUUUUCUGUGUACUUCUAAAUCUGCUGAGAAAUUCGGCCAUAUCUUUACAUACAAAUAAUUCCAAACCAAAUUAUAUUUUCUUAAGUACUUUUGUAAUUCCAAUGUUAUAACAAAUCUAUUAAUAGAAAAUAUAAUUUGAGCAAUGUGUAAUUUUGAAAAGAGAGUGCCACAGUUGUGUUGUUGAGGUAUAUUAUUGUUAGGUAUACGUAUGUAUAUACAGUGCUGUAUGUGUAUUCCUAAAUGACUAAAAAUCUUAUAAGAAUUG